AUGGAUAUCAAGGAAAAUCCGGCACUUCACGCCUUCGCCUUUGGAGUCUUGACCCAUCUACUUUACUUUCGUUUUGGCGAGCACCAUCUAUAUCCAACGAGGUACAUUUACGGCUACAUCGGAUCAUUCAUUUGCAUUGCAGCCUUUCUUUACAACGCGGAAGAAAUCCCUUUCAAUUCGGCAUUUUCCAGAUCCUUGUACUUGGUCUUCACCCAUUUACUUGGUCUAUACAGUAGCCUCGUCAUAUACCGCCUCUUAUUUCAUCCACUUCGAUGUUUUCCGGGGCCCUUUCUGUCAAAGGUCUCAGCGUUUUGGUUAUCAGCUCAACUUCGCCACGAGACUCUCUAUCGCAAGCUUGCCGACCUGCACAAUGAAUACGGUGACUUUGUCCGCGUAGGGCCAUCUGAUCUCUCAAUCAUUCAUCCUAGAGCCGUUAACACCAUCUACGGCUUCAAAUCUACGUGUACCAAGAGUGCGUGGUACGAUGGCUCUGCACCCCUAAGGUCGCUUCACGCGCACCGUAAUAGGGCUGAUCACGACAAACAUCGCCGUACCUGGAACCCAGGGUUCACCGACCGUGCCCUACAUGGAUAUGAGAAGCGGAUACAGGUAUAUAGGCAGAAGCUCAUCAACCAGAUCAAAUCGAUGGAAGGUGGCAAGCCCAUAAAUGUUAGCACCUUGUUCACCUGGUAUGGGUAUGAUGUGAUGGGCGACCUGGCAUUCGGCCAAAGCUUCGACAUGUUGGAUAACAGUGCGUCCCAUUGGGCAAUCUUGAUGACACACCGUAUGCUCAAGCCGGUGGAGUAUCUGAUGCCAAUAUGGUUCUUCCGACUACUGUUAUCUAUUCCUGGCACCACCAAGGCAUUCUGGAAAUUCAAUGAAUACUGGGGUCAACUCUUUAAGAUGAGGAUGGCGACGAAGCAAGAAAUACCUGAUAUUAGUGCAUGUCUGCUGGAACCGCUGAAAGGGCGGGCACCAACAUCCGACGAGUCCAAUGUGUUGCUCGGAGAUGCGUCUUUGAUUAUCAACGCAGGAGGGGACACUACGGCAACAACUUUGACGACAAUCAUAUACGAAUUGGCACGUCGUCCAAGCGAGGUUCAGAAACUACGGGCCGAGUUAACCAGUUAUACCACCGACCCGAACGGGGAAUACUCCCAGGAGAGUCUCGCAAUCCUGAGACAUUUAAAUGGUAUCAUCUACGAGACGCUCCGCAUACACUCCCCUGUCCCGAGCUACAUCCCACGGAAGACACCGCCGGAGGGAAUCAACAUCGACGGGACGCAUGUGCCGGGGAACAUGAAUAUAUCCUGCCCGCAAUGGGUUAUUGGUCGAUCCGAGAAUGUCUAUCAAAACGCCCAGGACUUUAUCCCCGAGCGAUGGUACCUGUAUCCCAAAAUGAUCAAGGAGAGAUCUGCCUUCGCCCCAUUCACAACGGGCAGACUCAAAGUAUGCGCAGCCCUAACCCACUAGCCGAAGCAUGAUCAAAUUGAUUUCCAUUGACCCCUUCCACUAGAUUCAGAAAAAAAUGAUGUAACCCCAAAUACGCGCCGUUGCAUAAACCUCGGGAUUGUGUGCGAACAAGGAAGUUGUCCGGAAAAGCUUUUCCCCCCGGCUGGGCCGGCUAGGCAAGACAAAGCCAAGAGGGAUUAAGAAGUUCUGGGCAGAAAACAAGAGUUGGGUUUAAGAAACCCAAAAAAGAAAGAAAAGAUACUUCGGCGGUUCCGUUAAGGCAUGUGCCUAGCCGAGUAGUAAGUUUAGACCAGGAAAUUAUACAUACCCCGUGCGUUUCGGGAAGCAAAUGCCGUCGUAUCACAUGGCGCAUACAGUGACGCUCAUAAUAUGAGUGGCUUUGGACUGCAGCCAUUCUAGCAGCUGAAAAGCUGUUCUGAUCAUGACCGCAUCUGUGCAUGCCGUUGUGGGAAAACUCACCAAUCCGGUCGGGCCAAGGCCGAUAUGCUGCGUGGAUGGGUCUCGUGGAAUGAAGCCAAUCAAUCAAAGUUAACUCUUACG